AUGGGUGGUUCGCAAUGGGAAGGAAAAGUGUAUGCCAUUACUGGCGGAGCCUCUGGCAUGGCUCUUGAGAUAGCCCAACAGCUCUCGCGCCGCGGCGCCAUUGUUUCUCUGGCCGAUGUCAACGAAGAUGGCUUGAAGGCAGCUCUCAAAACUCUGGCUGGUGACAAGCACAUCUAUACCGUUGUCGACGUCCGCGACAGUGCCGGUGUCGAACAGUGGAUCGAGAAAACCGUCACUCAGCUAGGCCGCCUGGACGGUGCCGUCAACUUCGCCGGUGUCUGUGUGUUUAAGAACACAAUCGCACAGGAAACCGACGAGAUCUGGAAAAGGACCAUGGACAUCAACGCGACUGGCGUCUUUAACUGCAUCAGAUCUCAGUUGAGAAGAAUGAAGAAAGGAGCCAGCAUCGUCUCGGCAGCCAGUGUGGACGGCCAGAUCGGCUGGCCCUUGCUCGGCGCGUAUUGCGCAAGCAAGCAUGCUGUUAUCGGCUUGUCCAAGAGUGCGGCGAGGGAGAAUCCCGACAUCAGAGUCAACUGUGUCGCUCCCGGGAACGUCGAUACCGGAUUGGUGGACGGUGCUGAAGCGGAAUCAAGUGAGGAAAUCCAGCGACAGGUCCAGAAACGUUUCGCACAGCCAAUUGAGAUUGCGAAUGUCGUGCUUUUCCUGCUGAGCGAGGAGGCAAGCUUCGUUACCGGCGCCACCUGGAAUGUUGACGGUGGCUGGGUGUGCUGA